AUGGACAAGCGUGAGGUCAACCUGUGCUCUACAGUGCAUCAGGCAUACAGCGGACAGACCGUAAACAGAAAGGUGAAGGAGCAGGGCGAGUGGCGGUCCCAGCAGGUACCGUGUCCAGAUUCUGUGACCGACUACAAUCAUCAUAUGGGUGGCGUCAACCUUUCUAACGCAUUGAUUAGCUACUAUUCAGUGCUUCACAAGACUCAGAAAUGGUUCGUGGCCCAGAACACCAUGCGGCUGCAGAAGCUUGGGGUGACCCAUGUGCUGAACGUGGCCGAGGGCACCUCCUUCAUGCACGUCAACACCUGCACCGACUUCUACAGCGGGACGGGCAUCACGUACCACGGCAUCUCGGCCAACGACACAGAGAAGUUCAACCUCAGUGCCUACUUCGAGGAGGGCGCCGAGUUCAUCGACAAGGCACUGGCGCACAACAACGGCAAAGAGCAGAGCAGGUCCUUGAGCCUGAUCCACACGCAGCUCACAGUGUCUCUGUAUGAAGCACAGCACCGGGAGAAUCCACUGGUGCACAGCCCUGAAGAAGCUCUCCUCUGCAGCCAUCAGGCACAGCACAAAGAGCACGGGGCGAGGCUUCUUUCCCGCAGGCUGCAGCUGAGUGCACACUCUGACUGUGAGCUCCAAUGGGCCCAAAUGCAGGAGCAGAGCAGGUCCUUGAGCCUGAUCCACACGCAGCUCACAGUGUCUCUGUAUGAAGCACAGCACCGGGAGAAUCCACUGGUGCACAGCCCUGAAGAAGCUCUCCUCUGCAGCCAUCAGGCACAGCACAAAGAGCUCGGGGUGGAGGCUUCUUUCCCGCAGUGUGGAGCAAAGAGGGAACACAACACAACUGAAGACAUCUGCCCCGUGCUCUUUGUGCUGUGCCUGAUGGCUGCAGAGGAGAGCUUCUUCAGAGCUGUGCACCAGUGGAUUCUCCCGGUGCCGUGCUUCAUACAGAGACACUGUGAGCUGCGUGUGGAUCAGGCUCAAGGACCUGCUUUGGUCUUGCAUUUGGGCGCGUUGGAGCUCACAUGUGGAGCAAAGGGGGGACACAACACGACUGAAGACAUCUGCGCCGUGCUCUUUGUGCUCUGCCUGAUGGCUGCAGAGGAGAGCUUCUUCAGAGCUGUGCACCAGUGGAUUCUCCCGGUGCUGUGCUUCAUACAGAGACACUGUAAGGUGUACGUCCACUGCAGAGAGGGCUACAGCCGCUCGCCGACCAUGGUGGUGGCAUACCUCAUGCUUCGCCACAAGAUGGACGCGCGGCAGGCAGUGGCCACCGUUCGCCACAAGAGGGAGAUUGGCCCCAACGACGGCUUCCUGCGCCAACUCUGCCAGCUCAACGAGAGGCUGGCAAAGGAGGGCCAACUCAACGGAGAGCCCGUCAAAAUCAAGACCAAAUGA